AUGCGCGAUUUGAACUCGCAGUUUUUAUAUGGAGAGUUAAAGGGAACUCUUAAUCGCGUCUUACCUAACGAGAUUUAUCGAAUAAUUAUUGGCCAUGUCGCCGAUCUGGACUACGCACCAAAGCAGGAUACAUUAAUCUCGCUAUCUCGCUCAUCUCAGCCUCUAAUAGAUAUAGCUGAAGAAUAUCUAUACAUGCACCCUCGAGACCUUGAUACCGCCCAAAAACAACGGCAGUUCCUCGUUAGUAUCAGGACUAAGUCAGUUCGCUCUAACUUUGUACAAUCUUUAAGACUUCUUUGGGACUGCAACGGUACAAACAGCCACUUGUUGGUUGAUAUCGUCAACAACUGUUUCAACAUCAAAUUUCUACUGCUCCAACGUGGGAACGGCUUGAAUGUUGCAACUAGAGUUUCUAGUGAUUGCGUAGCAACUUUGGCUACGAUGCUCAAUGCUUGUCCCAGUAUCACAUCAUUUCAAUUUUGCACGACCCUCGAGUGGGUGCCGGAGCCUGAACAAGACGGACUUGUCACAAAACACGGCAAAGAAUUAUCCGACCUCAUACCUGCAAAACCACAUGCUAUCAAGUAUCUCAGCCAGCUUGAGAGCCUGACACUAGGCGGGCAGUCAGCUUGGGUCAUAGAUGGUAUCAUGCCUUAUCUUGGGUCCAACCUCACAUCUCUUUUCCUCAGCCAAGAUUGCUCGAUGGGAAGCAGUGAAACUCCAUUUGUGGAUCUAUCAAGGCAAUGUCCCCAUCUCCAAUCGCUUGUGUUUAGACAAACACUCAAUACAUCAGAUGAUCUCGAGCAGGCGUGCAAGGCGUGGGGUGGAACAAUGGAGGAGCUUAUGAUCUCCAGCAUUCAAGACACGCGUGAUUGGAUUUCACAAGUCAUGCCGUGUAUGAAAGUUCUCAGAGUUUUACAUCUUGGUCCAGGAUGCACUCUAUCCAGUGAGAGCAUCAGAUCUAUCGCCUCUGCUGAAUCGCCGCUAGAGGAAAUAUCUCUUGGAGAUAUCCUGCCGGCAAAUGAGGCGUCGGAAGAGGUGUCAGCUGAAAUGAAUCAAGCCAUAGCAAACAUGAUUGAUGUUCAUGCGUCUACACUGCAGCUUAUCGAGUUCCGUUGUGUGGAUGUCGGAGAGGCUGUUAUGCAGGCCUGCAAAAAGGUCAGGCAACUACAUACGCUAGACUUGGAGAUAUGUGAUUCACCCAAAACGUCAGACAUCGACGAAUUUCUCGAUAAGUGUCCUGAUUUGAUUUGGUUCCCCCGAUGGUUCAAGCGGAGAUCAGCUCGACAAGGCGAGUGGGAAGAGCGGAUAAACACAAGAGAUAACUUGGAGGAAAGGAGGUCAAGACAAGAGCCACCAACUUGCGGUCUUGGAGCUUGA